AUGCCCACCCCCCCCGCGCUCCGCGCGCUCCUCCUCCUCCUUCUCCUCCUCCCCACCUCCCUCUCCCUCUCCCUCUCCCUCUCCCUCUCCCCUCCCCCCUCGCUCUGCCGCCCGCGCGGCCCGCGGCUCCGCUUCUCCUCCCUGGGCGCGCCGCGCGCAUCGUUCGUGCUGCCGCCGGUCUGCCUCUCGCGCGCGCGCCGCGCGCUGCGCCAGCUGGUCCAGUGUCCAACCGUGCUCCCGCAAGUCGCGGCCACACGGGAGCUCACGCCGCGCAUCGUGGGCGGCACCGAGCCGCACCCCUCGCUACAGUCGCACAUGGUCGCCUUCGUCAGGUCCAGCUUGUUCGUCUGCUCCGGCUCGCUCAUCUCCGCACGCUGGGCCAUCACCGCCGCCCACUGCAAUAUCAACUCCGACUUCCGCGUCUCGCUCGGCUCGACCCACGUCACGGACGGCGUCACCCGCAAAGUCGCCAGGGUCUUCCGCCACCCGAGCUACAACCCCAAAAGGCAGGACUCGCCGUACGAUAUCGCCUUGGUCCUGCUUGAUGGCAGUGCCCCGUCUAGCACCCGCUUUAUUCGCGUCAACAAUAACGCCUCCGUGCCAGAGCUAGAGGCCUUCUCGCGCGCCUUCGGGUACGGACAGCUGCGGGAGAAGGAAUUGUCUGCCCCGGUCCUGCGCCAGGUCGACGUCCCGGUCGUCCCCAUGCCAGUGUGCAAGGACAAGUACUCGAUGAGGAGCGCACCGCUUGCCCAGGAGCUGUCGGACGAGCUGCAGCUGUGCGCGGGGCGUCCGGAGGGCGGCUGCGACGCCUGCCAGGGAGACAGCGGCGGGCCACUGGCCGUCUUCGACGACGAGGGAAACCUGGUGCAAAUCGGCAUCGUCUCGUUUGGCAUCGGCUGCGCACGCCCAAACUUCCCCGGCGUGUACACCCGCCUCUCCUUCUUCCAGCAGUGGAUGAUCGAUACUGGCGCAGAAUUUACACGCUCCACCGACGGACGUGUCAUUGAAUCGCAGGGCGUCAACCUCGACGAGUCCGGGGGGUUCUCCGUCGCAGGCCUCAACCUGUGGCAGAGCAUCGCCGUCGUCGUCUCCGCGGGCGUCGUGGGCCUCGCCUUUAUCGGCUUCCUCGUCUACCCCUUCGUCGCCAGGCGCUCCGCGCGCCGCCCACCAAGGGACGACGACCACGACAUCGACAGCACAGACUCUGCAACUCCACCCCCGUCCGCGGCACAUGCGGACCAUGGCUACGGGCACUACUCUGUGGACGCCUCCCAGGACGGUUCUCUCGGCCCCAGGCCGCCGCAGACCGCGCCAGUGCCGGAGCCAAUGCCGGUGUACGACCCGAUGCGGUACGAAGGCGCCCCGCUUGCGACACACGCGCCCUCGGAGCAGCACUACGAGGGGCAGCUGAUGCCGCCGUACUCGCACCCGAACGUGCCCCCGCCAUAUACGGAGCUGGACCGCUUCCCGCCGUACAUGGACGUGCAGACACCGGCCCCCGUGUACCAAAACACUGUCCUGGAGAGCGGCUACGCUACCCCUUGGUCAGGGGAUGGUAUUGUGCGUCCACCUUCGCUUCCGGAAACACAUGGAGAUACGCUGGGGGACGUGCCUCCUGCACCUCUGUAUCCCCUCAACAACUCCCAUACUAACAUACGGCGUCAAUGA